GCUCGAUAGUCUCGAUAGCCGGCUAACCCGGCAAUUCUGCCUGUCGGAGCUAUGGAAGUAUGUCCGAACGCAAUUUGUUGUUUUUCGCGUUGCUGGCCGCACCGAUUUCCAUCGCUCUCUUCCUACACGGUUUCUUCCCCGUUGCCCAUCAUGCCGAUACGUUCGCCUCGCAAUCGGACGUCCCAGAGCACGUCGGUAACCUGAGUGUGAAGAAGGAUGUGUUGUAUAGGCCGAUGGUAACCAAACUGAUAAUCAUGGUGAUUGACGGACUGAGAUGGGAUUUUGUCGCAGAUUCAAUGGAAAAAGCCACCAUGCCAUUGACAAGUAAUCUACUGGCAAACUCCUCUGGAUGCUUGUUGCGGGCUAAACUGCAGCCACCAACCGUAACCAUGCCCAGAAUAAAAGCGAUGAUGACUGGUACGGUGCCAAAUUUUAUAGAUGUAAUACUGAACUUUGGGAGCAAAUCUCUGCAAAGCGACAGUCUGUUACAUCAGUUGAAGCGGCAUGGACAUAGACUGGUAUUUUACGGAGACGACACUUGGCUCUCUCUGUUUCCUUACAUGUUUGAUCGCCACGAUGGCACUACGUCGUUCUUUGUUACAGAUUUUACAGAGGUAGAUAACAAUGUGACUCGACACAUACGAGAUGAGUUGAAUCAUGAUGAUUGGACUGUGAUGAUUCUCCAUUAUCUUGGAUUGGAUCACAUCGGUCACGUCGAAGGUCCGUUUGGUGCUUCAAUUAAACCUAAAUUACGCGAAAUGGAUGAGAUUGUCGCUCAAAUAGCCCAAAAAGUACAGAAUUGGAACAACGAUGGAGUAUCCACGCUCCUCGUCGUCUGCGGCGAUCACGGGAUGAAGGAUUCGGGCGGCCACGGCGGCUCGACGCCGCAGGAGACGACUGUGCCGUUUGUCACGAUAGGAGGAACUCGCUGCUUGCAUCAGGAGGACGGUGAACCGAUCGAGAUUGAACAACUCGACGUCGCGGCGACGUUGUCGGCCGCCCUCGGAUUACCUAUUCCUUCUACAAACCUCGGUUCCAUAUUCCUGGACAGUAUUUACAAUCUCGACGAUGCUAAGCGACUCUUUCUUUUCCAUUACAACUCAAGACAGGUGUUUGAGGAUCGUUUCCGGAAACUCACCCAUCAUCAAUGGCAAAUUGAGUAUAUACACCGGAAGUAUUUAAGUGCCGUGAACCUAUACGCCGUUUGGUUGAGCAUGAGCGGAAUCCAGAAUGGAAUGGUCGAGAAUAUCGUCUCGUCUUAUAACACCAUCCUUAAGGAGAUGAAGGACACUCUAAUUAGCAGCAUAGUCGAGUAUGACUUUUUUCCAAUGGCCAUUGCUGUACUCUUUCUGUGUCAAAUCAUUUUAAUCUUGUUUUCUGUGCAAAACAUUGUUUGGACUACACGUAAAAAAACUACAUUGUUUUUUUUGGUGCGAUGUCUCUUGUGUCUAGGACUAUAUUAUUUGUAUAGUCUUGAAAGCACAAUUUCUUUCUACACAAUGAGUAUACUUAAUAUGCUGUUAUUUCUCUAUCCUGACUUAGUCAUUGGCGUUUUGUAUAUUAACUACGAUUUUUGUGUAAACAACAGCUUAUCUUUAACGAAGUUCACGAAAGGAUCAAGAAUACGUGUAGUAUUCCAAAUCGGCACGUUAUUGCACAUAGCAAGCUUCGGCGGCAGUAGUUUUAUUGAAGAGGAACAUCAGACAUGGUACUUCCUCUGGGCCAGUACGAUCACAUACUUUCUCUAUUGUUAUUCCACAAAAUUGCUCAUGCACUAUCGAUACGUUCUUACAAGCAUUAAGAUGCGAACAGAGAUGAGCUCAAGAUGCAGCGAUAGUAAAUGUCACGUAGGACUUUGCGUUAAGCUAUUGCUGAUACUGAUCGGACACAGAGUUCUGCGAAAGUUAAACAGUACCGGCGACAAGUGGGCCCAUCUGCCCGAUAUAGCCCGUUGGUUGAAAGAAGAUGAUAGCAAAGUUGCAAUGACACUCCUGCUUCUGACUGCACUCAUUCUUCUAAUUUGGAUUGCGUAUAGAUACGAGAGUAAAGAAUACAGACAGCAGUCGUUGUUUUUUAAUCUAGCUAUCGCAGCAUGUAUAUAUCUUCGCCACAUGUCCAACGGUGCUGUAAUAAAAAUUCUAUUGUAUCCUCCGUCAAGUGGAAUAUACGAGGUACGUAUGUUUUGGGGGAUAACAGCGCUGUUUGUGCUAAGCUAUGUCCAUCGAACGACAUUGAUAAUUAAGCACGAUAAACGGCGUUUCUCGAGUACGGUGCUAUUCUUUAUAGUGAACAUUUGGGUGACGAUUUCGGCAAUGCUGCACCAGCCAUAUAAUGUGAUCCUCUUGCCGAUGCAGAUCAUCGCGAGCUCGACGAUCGAUGCUGUAUUGAGAGAAAACGAUUUGCUCAAUCUAGAAAUUUUUGUGCAUUGCUGGCUGGGCAACGUAUUUUAUUUCUAUCAGGGGAACUCCAAUAGUCUCGCGAGUAUAGACGUCGCGGUCGGAUAUGUCGGUCUGCGUUCCUAUAUGCCCUUCGUUACUGGUGUGUACUUAGUCAUCAAUACUUAUUCCGCGCCCGUUCUAGCUUACUUUUUACUCGUUUACUACCGACAACUAAAUCAGACAUCCUGUACGGAUACUGUCAUGCGCACAAGCAGGAGUUAUAUCGCGUGGAGGCUGCUGACAAUAACCGUCUACAUGAUUAUUGUCAUCAGUCAGCGUCAUCAUCUGUUCGUAUGGUCGGUAUUCUCGCCGAAAUUGUUGUACGAGGCGGCGUAUUCCGUGACAAUGUGCUGUAGCGUUUUAUUGACGUUAACUGUGACUACGAUCACCAAUAAGAUACUAUUAAAGACUGCUACCGUUACGGGAGUUCGCGUUUCUUAAAAUUUAAAUAAUUAAGAGUAAGCCAUUGAUAAUACAGUACUAAUUUUAUUAGUCUGAUGUUUCGUAAAUAUUUAUGUACAUAUAUCUAGAACUCAAUUUAUUGAGUCUUAACUCGAUUUUUAUUUAGGACUAAUUUUAAUGUAACAAUCAUUCAAGUUUGAUUAGCCAUAGAAACGACAACUGUACAGAAAAAAUAGUAAAUUUACAAUAUUUAUAUUAUAACCUUAUGAGUAUGCAUAUAUGUUUACAAAGCAUUUACAUAAUGAAAAGUCAUGAAUUUAAUAUUAUAUUAUUUAAAUAUUUAUGUUAACAAUCAUAAAUUUCUAUUUACAGUUGAUAAUAUUAUUGCUUUUUAAUUACCACAGCGCCCUUUUUGUAUUGACGAAAAUUUGUUCAGGGUUGACAGUCUUUAACAGUCUCAAUGCAAUCUGCAGCUAUGUCUGAUUAUACAUUGUGCAAAGAUUAAGAUUCCGCAUAUGCAUAUGCAUAUAUAUUAUGUUAUAAAUAAAUUGUAUUUAUAACAAAUACAAUUUAUUUAAAUAAAAAAUAUAUUUUUUUAACAUUUAAAAAAAUUAGAUUUAUUAAUUAAUAUAAUGAUAUAUAGUCUAUUGUGAUUAUAACUAUAUAGUGAUUAUAACUAUUAAAUCAAUAGUUAUAAUCAGUCUAUUAAAUGAAUAGUUAUAGUAUUUGGAUUCCGACAAAAAAGAGAUAGAAGUCAUUUCGAUGACUGAUAAGAUAAAUUUAUCAAUUUAUAAAUUUUGUAUAGCAUUAGAUAGUAUUGAGUUCAACUAAUAUGGUAUAUGAACAUUCGCAGUAAAUAAAUGAAUUUAUAACAAGA